UUUUAUUAUUUUAGACGGAGUACACGUGUCACUAUUUUAACGAACCAAACCCAACUUAAAUCGGGGGUUCACCUCAAAUUCCUAUUCUUCUUCUUUCUUGUGUGUUUUUUUUGGGUUUUUUCUUUUCUUCUUAAAAUCCAAAAAACAAGGCACCAAUCGAAAACAAACCAAACCUGAUUCAUACCUGAUCUACGACAAAAACACUUUCCCUCUCUUUACUCUGAUCCGAUCUGUCCCUCGUUUUUUUUUCUUCCAUACAUUCAAUCUUACGGAUCUUCUUCUUCUUCUUCUUGUUCGAAUUCUGUCACCGUCGAUUUUUUUCCGAGAUCUGAUCGUCGGUAUCGAGAAUUUGAGAUGGCGAGGAGUAAAGUGGUUAGUGGAAAUGGGAUAUGGAAAUAUUUCAACCCAUCGUAUUAUCUCAGAAGGCCGAGGCGUCUUGCUUUGCUUUUCAUUCUCUUCCUCUCUGUUUCCAUCGUCGUUUGGGAUCGUCAAACUCUUGCCCGCGAUUACGAGAUUGAAGUUUCCAAGUUAAAUGAAGAAGUUUUUCGGUUGCAGCUUACGUUGGAAGAGCUAAAAAGCGUCACAGAGGAUGUAUCUGUGAAGACUUUGAAGGAUGUCCAAGAUCCAAUUGAUGCCCAGCGAAUGCAGAGAGUCAAAGAAGCAAUGAUUCAUGCUUGGAGCUCAUAUGAAAAGUAUGCCUGGGGACAAGACGAGCUUCAGCCGCAGACAAAAGAUGGCGUUGACAGUUUUGGUGGCCUUGGAGCAACUAUGAUAGAUGCACUAGAUACACUCUAUAUAAUGGGUCUAGAUGAGCAGUUUAAGAAAGCCAGAGAGUGGGUUGCAACGUCAUUAGACUUCGACAAGGAUUAUUCGGCCAGCAUGUUUGAGACAACCAUAAGAGUGGUGGGAGGGCUUCUCAGCGCGUAUGAUCUCUCUGGGGAUAAACUUUUCCUUGAGAAGGCUAAGGAUAUUGCAGACAGGUUAUUGCCUGCAUGGGACACUAAAUCUGGAAUCCCGUAUAAUAUUAUCAACUUGAGACAUGGAAAUGCUCACAAUCCUACAUGGGCAGGGGGAGACAGUAUUCUCGCAGACUCUGGUACUGAACAGCUCGAGUUUAUUGCUCUUUCCCAGAGGACAGGGGACCCAAAAUAUCAGCAAAAGGUGGAAAAGGUUAUUACAGUACUAAACAAGAACUUCCCUGCUGAUGGUUUACUUCCGAUAUAUAUAAAUCCCGAGACAGCUAAUCCAUCGUACUCUACCACGACGUUUGGUGCCAUGGGAGACAGCUUUUACGAAUAUUUGCUAAAAGUUUGGGUGUUUGGGAGCAAAACUUUAAAAGUGAAACACUAUAGAGAAAUGUGGGAGAAAUCAAUGAAUGGUCUGCUAAGCUUGGUUAAGAGAUCAACACCGUCUUCGUUUACAUAUAUCUGUGAGAAGAGUGGAAAUUCUUUGAUCGAUAAGAUGGAUGAAUUAGCAUGCUUUGCUCCUGGAAUGUUGGCUUUAGGAGCAUCUGGGUAUAAAGAUCCUGCUGAAGCUAAGAAGUUUCUCUCUCUUGCUGAAGAGCUUGCAUGGACAUGUUAUAACUUUUACCAAACAACACCAACAAAACUGGCUGGGGAGAAUUAUUUCUUCAACUCUGGGAAUGACAUGAGUGUUGGAACGUCGUGGAACAUCUUGAGACCAGAAACUGUCGAAUCACUGUUUUACCUCUGGAGGUUAACUGGGAACAAGACUUACCAAGAGUGGGGAUGGAAUAUAUUUGAAGCGUUUGAGAAGAACUCGCGCAUAGAGUCUGGAUAUGUCGGUCUGAAGGAUGUUAAUACAGGAGUUAAGGACAACAAGAUGCAAAGUUUCUUCCUCGCUGAGACGCUCAAGUAUCUCUAUCUCCUCUUCUCGCCCACAUCGGUCAUUCCCUUGGACGAGUGGGUUUUCAACACAGAAGCUCAUCCACUUAAGAUCGUGCCCUGGAAUGACCAGGUGAAUCUCGGACAAUCUAAAUCCAACAGCGUGCAGCUACGCAAACCACCAAUUAGAUUACGCCAGAGACGGUUUGGUCGGGUAGGAAAUAAGUAAGCUCGCUGGCUCGAGAGAGGUCACGGUGUGAAUCUUUUGGAACCGGCGUUGUGAUUCGUAGAAAGGGACAUUUCUUAACCGGGUAAUGGAAUUUGGCUUUGGCUAUUCAAAGACCCUUUUAAUUUAUUCAAGGAACCAUCUUAUAAAGAUUUCAAGAUAUUAGACACUUGUUGUAUUGAUUUGGACAAAUUAACCAUAUAUACAGGGUUUUUUUCCACACUUAUACCUUGUCUUUCAUUGUAUUGGUUAGUAUAAUUUUUCAAGAAGUAACAAUGAAAGAUUUUCAAUUUAUUAACUGUCUAACAAAAACAAAGCACAUGUGUAUGCGACCAA